AUGUUUUACAAAAUCCAUAGAGUAGACAUUGAACAUUUAUAUGAUCGUACGGCUACCCUAAUAGGGCCAAAAGAUCUAAUUGGUGUAUCCUUCACGGGUAGCUGCGAUUUUACUGGUAUUUUAUUGGUACCGAUCUAUACGGAGGAACCGUUUGCAGGAUAUAAGUUAUUUCUCUAUUUUGAACGUAAGAUUUUAAUUCCAAAUCAGUAUCAUUAG